GCUUCGGAUGCGGCAGUGCAAGAUGCCAUGAAACAGCUAUAACACUGCGGUCGACGCAAGUCUAAGGUAAGGCAGGGUACACGAGCUUUCACAUUCGUAUCAUCUCUGCGCGCCCUCAGCAUGGUCAAUACGUACGCUAUCUUAGGAGCUACGGGCAACACAGGCAGUAGUAUCAUCGAAGUUCUGACGAAGUCUCACGAUGUCGAAAUUCAUGCUUUCGUCCGCUCAAAGUCCAAGUUGUUCGGCCUCUUUCCCCACCUGGAGAACGACUCACGGUUGAAGGUCUACGAAGGCACGCUGUCCAACCUCGACGUCCUCCAAUCAUGCAUUCAAGGCACCAAGGCUGCUUUCCUCGCCGUGGCAGUCAACGACCCCCGACCAGGCGUGACCAUCGCACAAGAUACCGCUCGCGCCGUCCUGGCAGCAAUCGGCCGCAUGCGGAGUCAAGACCCUCAGGCGAAGAUCCCGCGUCUGAUCGUGCUCAGCUCCGCAUCCCUGGACGACCAUCUCUGCCGUAACAUGCCCAACUGGGCGCAUCAGCUACUCCUCAUGAUGGCGCAUAGCAUUUACGAGGACCUUCGUCGAGCCGAGACGAUACUGCGAGCAGAAGAGGCUAACGGAGUCAGGACGGUCUUCAUCAAGCCCGGCGGUCUCGUCCACGACACUCAGAAGGGCCAUGAGCUGAACUUGGACCGACAGCAGACUUUCCUUAGCUUCCUGGACUUGGCGGCGGGGAUGGUGGAGGCCGCUGAUGCGGAGGAUGGGAAGUGGGACAUGCGGAACGUGAGCGUCGUGCCGAAGACGAAUGAUACGAGGAUAGAGUGGCGGGUGCCGUUCUUUGUGAUGAUGGGGUUGUGGUAUUACUUCCUGCCGUGGACUUGGGCGUGGUUUCAUUGAUGGCCUGUGAAGGUAAGGUCAUGCUGGGAAGCGUUGUCAAUGGCAUACUGGUGCCAUUUCAAGGUAUACCUCCACCACUAUCUUUGCGACAGUCUGAUUCCUCAACCGUCAUAGCCGAGUACCGCUUGCGAAGAGCUAAGGUGUGGCAUUCAAUCAAGCGUAUGGUGACUGAGUAGCUAAUCAGUCAGUUGCAUUAACCAUGUUGCUCCCGCCCGUAGUCAGUUCCGACUAUAGUCGGUGCCC